AGAGGGAGUAUAUCAUUAAAUUCGUUACAAUGUCUACCGUUCAUAAUUUAAUUUUGCAUAAUUUAAUUUUAUUACAAUUUUUAUCAAUAGAAAAUUAAAGAUUAUUAAUGGUCAUAGUAAUGUCCCGAUGCGGAUCGAAUUGAUGUAAUUUAAAAAAAACAAACAACAAAGGAAGUAGUAUUAUAGAAUAUUUUCUUUUGAUCCCACUCUUUACUUUUCCUAAAACAUUGUACAUACCCUAAUAUUGCUAAACAGAGGGAGUAUAUAUUAAUUGGAAACCUCGGUCAGUUGUGAAAUUUGCUUAGGGCCUCCAAAUUGGUUGAGGUGGCCUAGUUGACAUUUGUUGAUGAUUUGGGCUGAUGAUCAUAUUACAUCUCCACGAAUCCAUCAUUUAAUUUGUUGACUUGAAACAUCGGAAACCCAAUUACAAGUAAAAGGAGUGCACGGGAGAAGGGCCCCUUAGCUGAUUAGUAUAGAAGUAUAGAAGCCCAUUAGGAGUCUGACUAAUUCAAAGAAAGACUUGAUAAACCCCCUCAAAAAAGUAAUUAGUGAUGUUAGGACAAGACUCACAACAGCAUUUUCUUCUCACAUAACCGCGUAGAAAUUUCAAGGGACAAAAUCUAUAAAUCAUCUUGGCAAACUUAAUCCUCUGUAAUCUUUUUAUCUACUUAUACCAAAUAAAAUUACAGGAUAAUAUAACAAAGAGAUUUAUUUAGUACAAAUGGAGCAACUUCCACCUGGUUUUCGGUUCUACCCAACUGAAGAAGAGCUCAUCGCCUUCUACCUCCACAAUAGCCAAAGACCGGACCUACACCGCGUCAUCCCUUCCAUUGAUAUCUACAACUUUGAGCCCUCUCAGCUCCCAGGGCUAGCAGGGGAGCUAUGUCACAGGGAUACCGAGCAAUGGUUCUUCUUCACGCCGCAGCAGGAGAGAGAAGCGAGAGGAGGGAGGCCUAAUCGGACUACUGCUUCUGGUUAUUGGAAGGCCACUGGUUCACCAAGCUACGUUUACUCAUCACAGAACAAAGUUAUAGGAGUGAAGAAAACCCUGGUGUUUUACAAGGGCAAAGCUCCUAUUGGCAGGAAAACCAAGUGGAAAAUGAAUGAAUAUAAGGCUAUUAAGCAACAAGACUUUCAAACUAUUAAUGCAUCAUCUAUCACAACUUCUAUUCCAGAGCUGAAGCAUGGGCUUAGCUUGUGCAGGGUUUAUAUAACCUCUGGGUGUGCUCGGGCUUUUGAUCGACGGCCACCAGGAACAAUCUUAAGUGACUUAAAUCCUCAAAAUUACCAAGCUAUUCAAGCGAGUGGAAAAGGGUCACAAAGUGCUGAUGCCACACCGUUGUUAAUGGAGAAAAGUAGCUCAACUGACAGCUUUAAUUCAAGGUGUGAUGAUCAGGGGACCGUCCGAGAGGCUGGAGCUGGAAGCAGCUACAACUCUGAGUUUGAGCUCGCUGAAGAUGGUUUCUUCAGUGAUUGGAAACAACUAGGACAAGUUGGGGGCUGUUUCUUUUAACAUACCAAAUCUCACAGAAGAUUACCGAGCAGAGAAAGGCAGUAGAAGACUAGAAGCAUCAAAAGAAAGAAGUGAUUUUCUCUUUAACUACGAGUAUUCAAGACUUCUUUGCAGCAAAUGAUCAUAUAUGAUGAAUUAGUACUUUGUUUAGCGACUAUUCCUAUCCGAUCUAGCUGCUACUUUGCUAGUACCUCCGUUUUUUUUUUUCAAGGAUAAAUGCAUCAUUUUAACUGUUUUUACACUAUAUUUUAGCUUUGACCACUUUUAUUUACUAAUAUAGAACACUACUCGUCUACUCUACAUAAUUAAUAUAAAUGAUACGGAGUAUGUGUUACAAUUCGUCAUUUAGAGCAAGAAGUUUAUCCCAAAAUUCUAUCAAUAAUUCAAGGCAUUACACAUUUACACAAUCACAAAACUAUAAAAUAAUAUAAUUUGAAA